AAUUCCCCGCGUCAGUCUCGCUUUCGCUCUCCUUUCCCCUUCCCCCAACCCUCUGCUCUUCUCCAAGUCAGCCCGCCUUCCCUGACCUCAGUGACCCGGCUGGCCCCGCCCACCAUCGUCGACGUGAUUCCCGCCGUGAGGUAAGCGUCGGUCGAACCCAGAGCCCCGCGGAAGAGGAGGACGACUGAGAGGGUGAGCUGCUGGCCCCGGCUCAGACCCGUCGCCGAGGCGCGGCGUGGGGCAGCAUCGGGGUGGGUCUCUAGCUCCUGCAUCACUUCAUUGUGACGUAGCCACCCAGGCCUAGGCCGCCUCCAUCCCUGCCGGACCCGGCCUCUGGCAGCGGCGGGUGACGCAGACGGAACAUCAUGUCGUCCGCGGCCGAGCCUCCGCCACCCCCGCCUUCCGAGAGCGCGCCUUCCAAGCCCGCAGCCUUGGCCGCCAGCGGCGGGAGCAACAGCAGCAACAAAGGCGGUCCCGAGGGCGUCGCGGCCCUGUCGGUUCCGUGCGCAGCCAGCGCCGGUCCCGCGGACGCCGAGAUGGAGGAAGUAUUUGAUGAUGCAUCACCUGGCAAGCAAAAAGAACUCCAAGAACCAGACCCUACCUAUGAAGAAAAAAUGCAAACUGACCGAGCAAAUAGAUUUGAGUAUUUAUUAAAGCAGACAGAACUAUUUGCACAUUUCAUUCAACCUGCUGCUCAGAAGACUCCAACUUCACCUUUGAAGAUGAAACCAGGGCGCCCACGAAUAAAAAAGGAUGAGAAACAGAACUUGUUAUCAGUUGGAGACUAUCGACACCGUAGAACAGAGCAAGAGGAGGAUGAAGAACUACUUACAGAAAGUUCCAAAGCAACCAAUGUUUGUACUCGUUUUGAAGACUCUCCAUCAUAUGUAAAAUGGGGUAAACUGAGAGAUUAUCAGGUCCGAGGAUUAAACUGGCUCAUUUCUUUGUAUGAGAAUGGCAUCAAUGGUAUCCUUGCAGAUGAAAUGGGCCUAGGAAAGACUCUUCAAACAAUUUCUCUUCUUGGGUACAUGAAACACUAUAGAAACAUUCCUGGUCCUCAUAUGGUUUUGGUCCCUAAGUCUACAUUACACAACUGGAUGAGUGAAUUCAAGAGAUGGGUACCAACACUUAGAUCUGUUUGUUUGAUAGGAGAUAAAGAACAAAGAGCUGCUUUUGUCAGAGAUGUUUUAUUACCAGGAGAAUGGGAUGUAUGUGUAACAUCUUAUGAAAUGCUUAUUAAAGAGAAGUCUGUAUUCAAAAAAUUUAACUGGAGAUACCUAGUAAUAGAUGAAGCUCACAGGAUCAAAAAUGAAAAAUCUAAGUUGUCAGAAAUAGUGAGGGAAUUCAAGACUACAAAUAGACUUUUAUUAACUGGAACACCUCUUCAGAACAACUUGCAUGAGCUCUGGUCUCUUCUUAAUUUUUUGUUGCCAGAUGUAUUUAAUUCAGCUGAUGACUUUGAUUCCUGGUUUGAUACAAACAACUGCCUUGGGGAUCAAAAGCUAGUUGAGAGGCUUCAUAUGGUUUUGCGUCCAUUCCUCCUUCGUCGAAUUAAGGCUGAUGUUGAAAAGAGUUUGCCUCCAAAGAAGGAAGUGAAAAUCUAUGUGGGUCUCAGCAAAAUGCAAAGGGAAUGGUAUACUCGGAUAUUAAUGAAGGAUAUAGAUAUACUAAACUCAGCAGGGAAGAUGGACAAAAUGAGGUUAUUGAACAUUCUGAUGCAGUUGAGAAAAUGUUGUAAUCAUCCAUAUCUCUUUGAUGGAGCUGAACCUGGUCCGCCUUAUACAACAGACAUGCAUCUAGUUACCAACAGUGGCAAAAUGGUGGUAUUAGAUAAGCUACUCCCUAAAUUAAAAGAACAAGGCUCUCGGGUACUAAUCUUCAGCCAAAUGACAAGAGUAUUGGACAUUUUGGAAGAUUACUGCAUGUGGAGAAAUUAUGAGUAUUGCAGGUUGGAUGGGCAGACACCCCAUGAUGAGAGACAAGAGUCCAUCAAUGCGUACAAUGAACCAAACAGCACAAAGUUUGUUUUUAUGUUAAGCACACGUGCUGGUGGUCUUGGCAUCAAUCUUGCUACUGCAGAUGUAGUAAUUUUGUAUGAUUCAGAUUGGAAUCCCCAAGUAGAUCUUCAGGCUAUGGACCGAGCACAUAGAAUUGGACAAACCAAGACAGUGAGAGUGUUCCGUUUUAUAACUGAUAAUACCGUAGAAGAAAGAAUAGUAGAACGUGCUGAGAUGAAACUCAGACUGGAUUCUAUAGUUAUUCAACAAGGGAGGCUUGUGGAUCAGAAUCUGAACAAAAUUGGGAAAGACGAAAUGCUUCAAAUGAUUCGACAUGGGGCAACACAUGUAUUUGCCUCAAAGGAAAGUGAGAUCACUGAUGAGGAUAUCGAUGGUAUUUUGGAAAGAGGUGCAAAGAAGACUGCAGAGAUGAAUGAAAAGCUCUCUAAGAUGGGUGAAAGUUCGCUUAGAAACUUUACUAUGGAUACAGAGUCAAGUGUUUAUAACUUUGAAGGAGAAGACUAUAGAGAAAAACAAAAGAUUGCAUUCACAGAGUGGAUUGAGCCACCUAAACGAGAAAGAAAAGCCAACUAUGCUGUUGAUGCAUAUUUCAGGGAAGCUCUUCGUGUUAGUGAACCUAAAGCACCCAAGGCACCUCGACCUCCAAAACAACCCAAUGUUCAGGAUUUCCAGUUCUUUCCUCCACGUUUAUUUGAAUUACUGGAAAAAGAGAUUCUGUAUUAUAGAAAAACUAUUGGGUACAAGGUACCUCGAAAUCCUGAGCUUCCUAAUGCAGCACAGGCACAAAAAGAAGAACAGCUUAAAAUUGAUGAAGCUGAACCCCUUAAUGAUGAAGAAUUGGAGGAAAAAGAGAAGCUUCUAACACAGGGAUUUACCAAUUGGAAUAAAAGAGAUUUUAACCAGUUUAUCAAAGCUAAUGAGAAGUGGGGUCGUGACGAUAUUGAAAAUAUAGCAAGAGAAGUAGAAGGAAAAACUCCAGAAGAAGUCAUUGAAUAUUCAGCUGUGUUCUGGGAAAGGUGCAAUGAGCUCCAGGACAUAGAGAAGAUUAUGGCUCAGAUUGAAAGGGGAGAGGCAAGAAUUCAAAGAAGAAUAAGUAUCAAAAAAGCACUUGACACAAAGAUUGGACGGUACAAAGCACCUUUUCAUCAGCUGAGAAUAUCAUAUGGUACUAACAAAGGAAAAAACUAUACUGAAGAAGAGGAUCGUUUUCUGAUCUGUAUGCUUCAUAAACUUGGAUUUGACAAAGAAAAUGUUUAUGAUGAAUUGCGGCAGUGUAUUCGCAACUCUCCUCAGUUCAGAUUUGACUGGUUUCUUAAGUCCAGAACUGCAAUGGAGCUCCAGAGGAGAUGUAAUACCUUAAUUACCUUGAUUGAAAGAGAAAACAUGGAACUAGAAGAAAAGGAGAAGGCAGAGAAAAAGAAACGAGGACCAAAGCCUUCAACACAAAAACGUAAAAUGGAUGGAGCACCUGAUGGUCGAGGAAGAAAAAAGAAGCUGAAACUCUGAAUACAUUUUUGUUUUGUAAUCACUAACUUUAAACCAGUAGUUCUUUAAUUUACGGGUCUUCCUAAGAUGUACUGUACCAUGCUCAAUUGUUGUCAUUCAAAGACAUCAGGUUCAUCUGUUUACUGAGCUAGAAACAUAGUAUGUAGUUUCACUUUUUUAAAUGCAACAGCUGUGCUGAAAUUUUUUUAUCAUUAACACUUGAAGUAAUAAAAUAGGCUUCAUUUAUUAAUAAAUGUUUCAUUUGAUUUAUUUUUCUAUUAUAGUUCCAUUUGUGAAGAUUGUGACUUUAUCAAAGCAAACAAGUUACAAAAAAAAAUUGCAAAUAACAGUUGUCUCUUAACGCUUCACUUAGUUGUAUAAUUGUUUUAAUUCACUUUGCCUUUGCAGAAAUUUGGGUAUUUUCUUUGUAGUGCUAUUGCGUCUCAUCUGGAAAGAUUAUGUAAAUUGCAUUCUCCUUAUUGUGAGGGUAGAAUGGGGGGGGAAAAGGCAAGACAAGUUAUAAUAAAUUCUAUGCAUAUUUCUGUUAUGCUUUCUGUUUUUAUAGAUGGCUCUGAAGUGAAUAUGCCCUAUUCUCUUUUGGAAGAAUGGCCUUUUAGUUGUAUAGCCAAAGACAUUUAGUAUUUUCCGGUUCCUUAAGGUGUUACUGUACCAUUUUGUAAAAGGAAUAUUAUUAUUAUUUUUUUUAAUGUUUGGUAAAUAUUUUGACAAAUGACCUUCUGAAGCAACCACAACUUAGAUAAUGUAGGAACUAAGGUAAUUUUUUUUUUUUUUUUAAUUUUGAAAGACCCAGCCAAAAUAAGGUGUGAAUUUGUUGUAUUGUUAAAUGAAAUUGGUAACAAAUGUAUUCCCUCCCACCAUAUAGCAUUUUUCAGUUUUAGAAUAAAUGAAAAUUUUAUUUUAUUAUAUUUUAAAAUAUCUUCUAAGUGUCAGCAGCAAAACUGACUAUAAUUCCAGUUUUUGUUUUGUAUGGACAGACUUGAUAAACUGGAAACCUUGAAGCAGGAAUACCCAAGUUGUAGUGUCAGGAUUUUAGCUGUACCAGAGGCCUUUAUGUGCUACACAUAAUUUGUAUAAAGUUUUAUAUGUGCAAAUUGGGUACAUAAACAGUUCUCCAUUUUUCUAAGGGAAUGCAAUAAAUGUAGCAUCGUGAAUAAAUAUAACUUUUAUAAUCC